CCAGAGGAGUAGCAUUUGAUAAGAAUAAUAACAUUAUAGUGGUGGAUACUCUUAACAGCCUUGUUCAAUUGUUCAGUAAGCAGGGUGAGUACCUGAGCCAGUUUGGUGGUAAAGGAAAUCUUGACCACCCGCUGGAUUAUCCUCAUGGUUUAUCUGUAGAUAAUAAAGGCAAUAUUAUUGUUGCUGAUAGGUAUAACGAAUCAAUUAAGAUCUUUCCUCCUGAUGGUCAUUACUUAAAUUAUGUAAAUUCAGGGAUGAGGGUUCUUUUACCUUCCCUUCUCACUACUCUCAAUAUGACAAAUAUCUGAUAGUGUCAGAUGCAAACGAACAUUGUAUCAAAGUGUUUGCUGGAAAUGGUAAUUUUCUAUACAAAUUUGGAAAUAAGGGGAGGGGAUGGGGGAGUUCAAUAACCCUUUGUCAUUUGUCAGUUAACAAGGUAGGACACCUGAUGGUUUAUGAGACUUCAAACCACAGAGUUCUGGUAUUUGAGCUGAGUGGAAAAAUUUUAACAAAAUCUGGAUCAAAAGGAAAUUCUAAUACUAGUCAUAAUGCAUCAUGUCCCUACUUCAAAAACUGAUUGAUAGCUUGUUUAGUUAAAGUUUGAAUGUGUACUUUCAAGUGCUAAGUUGUGAGACUGCAUGAACUUUGAGACAGAAUAACAGAAGAAACCCAUGCUUUAUUCCUUUUAAACCCUUUACACCUUAGCAUCAGUAUGCAUAUUCUCCACACUGUUCUUUAUACAUUUCCUAAGGCACUGACAAGGAGAAUUUGUUUGCUGAUCUAAAGAUUCUUUUCAUGGUGAUCAUUCACUUUAUUCUCAUGACCUUAAUGUGUGAUUAAGGGCUGAUAUUGUAGGGAGAAAUAAGAAGGUGGUCAAUCUUAGGUUUUAAAGGGUUAAGUGGAUCCAUCAUUCUUAUUUUCAUCAAGCGCCCUAAACAACCACCAGGUGAGUCCUCCUAUCAAUUGACGGUGGAUGAAGGAUGGUGGAAUUUGCAGUGAUGCUCAGUUGUUAUUUAUCAAAUCCAACACUGUGAUAUGACAGUGAUCUAAAUCUUACAGAGUGUGUUGUUUGUUUUGUUUAGGCUCCCAUGGGCAGAGUUACAUGAUUGAUCAAGUUGUUGUGGUUAUGCUGUUCAAUGAACCUUUGUGCAAAGUCAUAGAUGCUUGGCAUCCUUGUCAGAGUAAAAAUUUACCUAUGUUUUAAGUUUUGACAAUCUAUUCUUUUACGUCUGCUCUCUAAUAAGUAACUGGAAUUUUUCUUUUUAAUUCCACACUUCAAUUGGGUGGAUAGCUCAGUAUGUUUUGCUAUCACUGAUCUGCUAGAUAGGGAUUUAUUAAUUUUGUAGAAUAGCCUCAUACAGUGUAUGCCCUCUAUGCAACUGGGGCCUGUUCUGUAAGACUAUGACACUCAGCUCUAUUGAAAUGUUGUAACUUAAUUUCACUGUGACGUUGGAUCACAAUGUCCUCCAUUGACCCAUAGGACUUGCAACAAAGUGGGAUACAACCAAAACAUCCUACAAUUAAUCUUAAAAAGCAUGGCAAAAUCAGCUACUAGAAGCCGAGGUUUGACUUUUUUUGAAAUAGUAAUAGAGAUCAGUUACUAAUGACACUUCUCUCUUGUUUUGAGAGACACUCUCACCUUAAAUGCACAGGAAUGCUUGACUAUAAAACUGAUAUGAUAUCAUUUACAACUUUACCCCUGAUUAAAAGAUGAUAAAAAGGCAUUUAAUUGUCACAAUGUACUUACAAAUUCUUUUCCCUCAAACAGGUGAUGCUGAUUGACUCCAAUGCUCUGCUUGACACAUUGGAAAAUUACCUCAGAAAACAUAGGUAAAUGUACAUAGAUGAUCUCUGUAACAUCUGUUGAUUUUUCCUACUGAGUUCCUUAAUGUCUAAGUGCCCUGAACCCUUUCACUCCCAAGAUGAAAUGAUCAAUUCUCUGCUCUGUACUUCAAACAUUUAUAACAAGUUUGGCUUUGAUAAUAUUUUGUCAAUUAAAACAAAUGAAUAUACCCAAGUUUAUGUCCUCCUUUCUUUCUCAUCACCCUUUUAUUUGAAUUUGUGUUAAUAUUGUAAGGAGAAAUUUCUUUUUGGUCACACUAGGGAGUACAUGUACAUGUGCAUGUUUUUUUUACCAUGUAACUCCUUUAACUGACAUAUUUUAUGUAUAUAGUAUGGUAAUGCUGUUCUACUUUCAACCAGGAGACACAUGUGCAGUGUUCAGAUGAAAGUUGUUCACUUGAAGUUCAUCAUGAUAACUUAGCUCAGUGUAACUUAUUUGUUGUUGUUGUUGUUGUUGUUGUUGUUGUAGAUUUUGUACUGAAUGUAAAUCGAAAGUUUUGAGGGCAUACAGUAUUCUGGUAGGAGAUUUGGAUGGGCCGAGUGAAAAGGGGUAGGUAUGAAGUGAUGUAAAGACAACAAUAUACCUGUGAGAGUGCUUAAUUUCCUUAGACCUGUCGUGUUAGAAGUUUGGAUGGUUUUUUGGCCUUGCUAGGGGAUUUUCUCCAGGAUUCUCAGGUUUCCUUUCUUGACAAACCAGCCUAUGGUGCAGGUGUCUUAAUAGGGGUCAACAUUACAAGUUUGCAAUCAGUUAUUCCUCUGUCCAUGUUUGGUAUAGCACUAGAGUGGACAGAAGGGAGGCCUCUCCUUUCUUUUGACUGUUGCUCACCCCCUUGGUACAAUUUGUUUUCUCUCCCCAGCCUUUCCACUGCUGUAAAAGUCAAAGACAGCAGCUUAAUUUUCACCAAGAAAAUACAGAGUACUCAGUUGCCAAAACUAUACCUGCUCUGCAGGCUAUUGAAAACCUCAUAAGCAAAUUGAUAUGUUCUGUGCUUUUUUGAAACAUCUCAUAGAUUAACAAGCAAUUUUUCUUUCCUGACUCAUCUAGUUACUGUGCUACUUUGUAUGAUGGUCUUAAAAGCUGUCUUCAAGACCGUCAUGUCCAUGUACUGUGUGAUACAGACUACAUUGCACAUUUAAUUGGACGGGCAGAACCAGAGCUGUCUGGAGGGUAUGCUAUAUACUUGCAUCCUGUUGUAGCUCAUGACAGGGCUUUUCAAAGGCAUCAUUAUUUUUUAUGUGGUUCUGGCCACCUACUUUUUGCUUUUCAUUUAACUUGGUUUUAUACAAGAAAUGAGGGUGAUUAGUAGAAAUGAAAAGCUUUUCACUCAUGGGAGCUUUAAGGAGCUCUGUCACUAUAGGUUGUUUCCUGUAGUGUGAUAUUGCUAUUGGGUGGAAGAGUGUAAGGGUCUUAUCCCUUCCCCCUGUGUGCAGGGGAAGAAGUGGUAAUUUAUCAUAAUCAAAAGCUACGAAUGCUUAAAAAUGCCUGUAAGGCAUCAAUGAGAAGCUCCACCAACCCCUCUCUCUAGAGAGAACCUUGCUUAAAGCACUACUUCUUUUAGAUUCUUUCCUGAAUUUUUUCUUAACCCUUUACAUCAGCAUGUAUAUUCUCCAUACUGUUCUUCAGACAUUUCCUACGGCUCUGACAAGGAGAUUUAAGUUAAAACUCAAGAGCUUUUCAAAUUGAUGAGCAUUUCCUCAAUUUUUCUUGAGCUUAAUGUUUGGUUUAGUAGUGAUACCUUAGUGAGAAAUUAGAUGCUAGUCACCCUCAAAGGUUAAAGGGUUAAGAGUGUGAUGUAUCGCUAAAGUAGGUUCAAAACACUUUGUUAACAGAGUACUAGCUUCGAUUCAUAAGUUUGUCUUGUAUUUGUUCAAUCGGUGCUCUAUGUCGGAGGAUGUUCUUUCCACUUACCGAUAUCGUUAAUUCCCUAAAACUACUUUUCCGCAACAAGGUUAGCUGGUGGUUAGUAUCGCUGAGGCUUCUUUCCGUACUAAUUUAAGCCAUUUUGUUUUCGGUCCAUCUUGAAGGUGUUAACGUGUUUUUUACACGAGUGCCGUUUUGACUUUGUCAGGUGGCGGUUGAAGAAAAGCAAGGCAUAUCACGCCUGGAACAACUCGUCGAAGAGAUUUCUGAGGUGGAGAGAGCCAAGGAACUCAGAAGGGAGCAGAAGCAGCGAACAAUGAACUGAAAGCAGAGGAAACUGCGAAAAACGAGGAGGUAUUGGAAGAGGAAGAGGUAUGUGUGAACGAGAACGUGGAAGAGACUGAGGAAAUUAAUGGACAUGGCGAUAUAGCUGUGAAGAUGAUGAAGAUGACGGAGGCAGUGGCGGUUCACCGUGCAGUUGUGAAGACUUGAGCAACUGUGAGCGAAGCAAGAGCAAAAAUCGGGUUUUAGGAAUGGUGACUGUGGGUACGUAUCUUUUCCAGGUUACCAGACCCAGUUGCUCAAAGGGUGCCUAACGCCAUCUAAAGGAUAAAUUGCUAUCUAGCGGAUAAGUGUGAAGUAAAUGUGCUGGGCUAUCUGAUGGAUAGGGAUUUAUUUAGUGGAAAGUGUUAUCCAACCUUCAAACAACCGGGGCCAGAUUGUUAGCAUUGAAAACACUUUUCUGUAGCUUGUUACGGAGGAAGUUGAUAAAGUACUUCAGAGUUAAAUCGACGCUAAAAUUGCUAGUUGCCUUUCCUGGUUGAUCUUUUGCGCCUUAAAAUAAGUAUGUAGAAGGUGAGUAGGUGUAUAUUGUCCAUACUUUUCGCUUUACGUUUCCUAAGAAAAUGACGAGGAGAAUAUGUGAAACAAUCGGGAGCUUCUCAUUUUCUUUGUUCUCAUGACCUUAAUGCUUGAUUCAUGGAUGAUGCUGAUAAAUUAGAGUCUAGACGCAGUAUUGGUUUAAGGGUUGACAAGCAUUUGUGCUGUAAUCCCAGCUAUUUUCCUUUCAUUUAUUGACUUGAAGUGAUCUGUUGUAGGUACGUAGCAGAGUACAAUAAAUGGUCCAGGAUGGUACACCAGAGUGGAGACAUGUGUAAUCAUGGCGAAGAUUCUUCGACGUUAGGAGGAGAGGAAGAGGAUAUAUGUACAGAUUGUUUGAGUGGGAGCCCAAUUAGUGGUGGAUCUUCACAGAGCAAUAAUGGAAAGGGAAGAAAGAAGAAGGGCAAAAACAAGGAGAAGAAGGUAAACAUAUAAGCCUCCUAUCCACACCCCUUCACGAUGCUUGAUUAGUUAUCUCUUUUCACUCCCAUGAGCGACCAAGAGAGAAUUUCUCCUAACAGUAUCAAUAGAAUCUCUAUCAGACAAGUGAUGAGAAUAAAGAAAAAUAUCAUUUAGGGGAUUAUAAGUUGAUCCAAUAUCAAAUUCUCUAAACUAACAUCGCAAGAACUGUAUGGCAGACAGUUAGGAGAAUUACUAAUGAGAUCUUGGGAGUUAAAGGGUUAUUGUGCCGUAGUUUCAAUCGUCAUGCAAUCUUGUCACUCUAACAAAGGCGGUCACGCUUUUUUGCCGUGUGAAGCUUGCGUGACUAAAGGGAAGAUACCAAAUGUAAUUUUGCAAAUCGUUACUUUGUCCUUCCUCACCGUUAAGUCAAUGAAAGUAUUCACUCAUUCAUUCAUUCAUUCAUUCUAGUGUUCAAUAUUGUUUUUAUCUAUCUCUUUAGCAAAACUCGCCGAGACAUGAUAAGCAAGAAAAGCUUGUAGAAAAUAUUGAUGACGAAGAAAAACGGCUCCUGAAGCUAAUGGGUUGGAAGGAUGGAGGAACAGAGUCAAUGGUGAGCUAUUUUUAACUAUACUUCCGUCGUUCUAUGGCGAUUUAGGUUUUCUCUGGGAUCCGAUAACCUCAAGGGUAGAAUAUCCCCUGAUCUCAAACUUCCUGUUGCGUCACGAUUUGUGCUUGUUGAAAAAGUAAGCUUAAGUUCAUAUAGUCUUUUUUAAUUUUUAUGUACAGUCUGCUUAAAUCUUCUCCAUCCUUAGCUAUCUUUACUUCCUCCUAGUUUGUCUUUAACAUAUCUUCGUUUGUCUUUAUUAUCGUGUUAGUAUUUUGUAUUCUCCGUCACGUUGUGCACCACUGAGCCAGUUGCGACUGGUCACGCGAUCAUAAAUUAAUGCGAGAGGUUACGUCACACAAAUGUAUAUUGGGAUCGUGAACAACAGGACGCUUUUCUCUAGAUUGGUAUACUAUCGAUUAACCUUUGUCGUCUUUGUUCAUUUUACAUCAUAGGAGUGUUUUUUGUCGGAGGAAGAUCUUUGUAUAUCCGAGCAGGAAAUUCUACGGUUCAAAGCGAACCAAUCGUCAGUGUCACAGCAGCGACGGAAGCUUCGAGAGAAACUUCGACAACAAUUUAACAAUUUGACGCUUAAGGAGGGUCUUAACGUCGCUAUUGUUCAUUAG